UACUUGUAGCUGUUACCAGGCAGUUUUGUAUCAAAUGUGAGACAGGAACUUGUUCAUGUCUAGUAAAUAGUACUCUUUGCAUGUAUCUGAUCCAAAGUGUCCUGAGAAUCAGUAUAUUGUCUAAGCCUUUUUUGCUGUGUGCAACACUAGUUUUCACAUACUUUUAUGGACACUGAUUUGCAAAUUGUAAAUACAUUUUGGCUUUGUUGAUGCCAAUAUGAUCACAUGACCUCUUGGUAUUGGAUGGGUCAAGUUUAAAACACUCAUCAGGGUGAUGGGGGUUCUUCUCCUUCCUGGUAAAGUCUUUGUGCUAUUAAGCUGCUGGGUCUGCUUCCAUGUUUGCUUCCUGUUCUGAAAAUGUUUAGUUGAUCAUCCUUAACUUCCGAAUGGGAAGCUUUAUAUUAUAUAAAUGUAGGUAAGUGUUGCAUGUAGAGGGACCAAUGACUUCCUAAUCUGGACAGGAAUAAAAUCCUAGAUACAUUAGUAGUGAUUACCCCCUUCAAAACAAAUCCAUUCCAAAGAGGGCUUUAGAGUCUAAUAUAAAGUGUAUUAAAGCUGAUGUUUGGGGGGGAAAAAUGAGGUGCUUCAGAAAAGAAACAGGACUGGGGUUGCAGAUUUGUCAAAUCCAAGCUACAAGUUUUUCCCCUUCAAAAUAAUCCCCCUCGAGUUUAAUGCACUCUCCCAUCCUCCUCCACCAUGCACUCCUGGAAGGAUUCUCCCAGGAUUCUCUGCAAGUGCUGUCGUCAUGGCCCUCUUGAUGGCUUCCAAGUUUGGAAAACGGGUCCCCUUGAGCUUGGUGGGGGGGAAUCGCACGGAGCCAGGUCAGGUGAGUAGGGAGGUUGCUCCAGCACGGUGAUUGAUGUUCUUGGCAAGGAACUGCUGGAUGCUUCGGGCGUCGUGAGUUGGCGUAUUGUUGUGGUGAAGCAGCCACGAGUUGUCCUGCCACAACUCGCCUCUUCUUGCGCACUGAACGAAGCAAAUGCCACAGGAUCUCUUUGUAGACAUGUUGGUUGAUCGUUUGACCCUGUAGCCAGAGGCGAUUCUAGAGUCUCUUGUGGCUCCAAGCAAAAAUUUCCAGGGGGCCCCGACCAGUGUUCAUCACCAAUACAUUAUAAAUAAUCUGACACCAUCGAAAAAUGUAUGAAACCAAAGUUUUUAAAAUUCCAAAUGUGAAAAUACAGCGGUAAAGAACAAUAAAAAGCAAAAACAAGCCCUUGGGCCCCGACUCUCGGGGGGCCAGGGGGCCCCAAGCAGUUGCCUGUUCACAAGCUGCACAUCUGCCUGUGGCAAGAACUCUGUGGAUGAUACCCCUCACGUCAAAGUCCUGUUACUUUUCUGACACGCCUCAUAACGCAGGCUGACCCAAGAACUCUUCAGGUUUGAUGGUCUUGCGUUUAGCUAGUCUAGGCACGUUUGUUUUCUGCUUUCUACUAUUGGUUGAAUCAAAUGUAUACUGAAUAAUUCUGUAUGGAAGUGCCUCAGCAAAAAAAAACUUUUUCCAGAAGGAUUUCAACUCCUCCAGAACAGAAGCCAGCUGAUAAACAAAAUCCCAUGUUACUGAUGCUUUAUUUUUUCUGUUUUCUCCUGGGGUGCGUAAAGAUUGGGUUUCUGUGUAACAAACAGUAUUUCAACACCUACAGCACAGUCAAGGUAGGUGCUUUUUUUAAAACCUCUUUUUUUUACACAUUUUAAACAUCUGUGCUGCUUUUUAAAACCUCUUUUUUUUACACAUUUUAAACAUCUGUGCUGCUUUUUAAAACCUCUUUUUUACACAUUUUAAACAUCUGUGCUUUUUAAAACCUCUUUUUACACAUUUUAAACAUCUGUGCUUUUUAAAACCUCUUUUUACACAUUUUAAACAUCUGUGCUUUUUAAAACAUCUUGUUUUACACAUUUUAAACAUCUCAUAGCAUCGUUAGCUAGCACCUCUUGGCAGACAACACACUGUGGCAGUGGAGCAUCUUCAGAUCCAGUCCAUGAAAAUCCAAACUUUAAAUAAUCGUGGUCAUACUUCCUUCUUUUUUUGCUUGGCCCAGACUCUGUCUCCUCACUCACUGUAGCUUUAGGUACUAAAAAUCAAUCCAUUUUGUCUCUGGCAAAGGCUAGCUGAAGUUCGCUAAAUGUCCGCAAUAGUAACUUAUUCUGGUUUAUUUUUCCUCACGUUUGCGCCCCCCCUGAAGAACUCUGGCGCGCCCCACACUUUGAAAAGCCCUGCUUUAGUGUGCCGCUGUGUUGCGUUCUCAGGUGCGUAUGACUGGGCGAAGAAGACGCUGCAGGAUCAUGCUAAAGACGCCCGGCCUUACCUGUACACACGAGAGCAACUGGAGAACGCAGACACGCAUGACCAGCUAUGGAACGCUGCACAGAGGCAGCUGGUGUUGGAGGGGAAGAUGCAAGGGUUCAUGCGCAUGUACUGGGCUAAGAAGAUCCUGGAGUGGACGGCUUCACCCGAGGAGGCCGUGAACAUCUCCAUCUACCUCAACGAUCGCUACUCGCUGGACGGCUGCGACCCGAGCGGAUACGUGGGCUGUAUGUGGUCCAUCUGUGGGAUUCAUGAUCAGGGCUGGUCCGAGAGGCCCGUUUUCGGUAAAGUGCGCUACAUGAACUAUGCAGGCUGCAAGCGCAAGUUCGAUGUGGGCCAGUUCGAGAGGAGAUACGCUGGGAAGAAGGCUUGAGACGUGCAGACACGCGGGUGUUUUUAUCUUUUGUAUAUCUUCAUUAGGGCUUGUCGAAGGCUUGUGUUUUGCCAGUUUGAUUCAUUUUGAGUUUUAUGUUGCUUUAAGUCUCAGCUUUCUCUUAAAACUGGCAGGGUGUGUAUACUUUGUGUGUAUAAAACCUCGUAUUGACGUUUUUGUUAAACAUCAGGAAACGGGUUUCACAUGGUUCCUUUAGAAAGAUAAAAUCUAAGUAAGUGAGAGAUGUUUGUGAGGGUUUUUCUCGCUGUAACUGGAUCAGUUUAAUUAACACAUCAAGUCGAAGUACAGAGUAACUGUCACACUGGCCGCAUUCAUGGAUUACAAAAAAUGCAUAAACCAUUCAUUUAGAGUCAUAUAAUACGUAGAUUUUAAGGAUUUUCAUGGAACAGUUGUUUCAUUUUCUUCUUCUUCAGUAGUAGGGUUGUAAAGAUGUACAGUGCCUUGCAAAAGUAUUCAUCCCCCUUGGUGUUUGUCCUGUUUUG